CCGGGGGAAAAAACCCACCGGCCACCACCCCCAAAUUGGCGGUUCCCUUUGAUCCCCCCCACUCCCAACCUCCUCCGCAUCCCCACCUCCAAAUCACCAUCGCGACACGGCCGAUCGCCAUCUUUUCCGAGCAGUUACGUCAUCCGCCAGCGACGAUCUCCCGACGUGCUCUCCUCCGACCGUCUAAAACGCCUCUUCCCCCACCGAACACCGCAACUACUGUACGCCCUAAUUUUCCAGACCUUGGGUGCCACCCGAUCAGCAUCUUCAUCUUCUCCCCAGUCGCUUCCUUCGCUACAGAAUCUGUCAAUACUGCUUACGAAGAACUGAUCGAUUCACGCUGGAUUCCGAAAUCGCCUGCCACAUCUGCUGUUCAAAGCGCGGUUCACAUCGCGCAGAAGCUCUCCCGCCAUCAAAAUCGACUCACCCGCAGAGAUUCCACACCCGAAUUUCCUCAAUGGAUCGCGUUCCAGACUCAAUUGCAUCUAUGCCUGCCACCACUCAAUUGCUCGCUUUUCCAGUCAUCCGAUUCUGUCAGUGAAACAACGGCUCGAAGCACGCCGGACUGCGGCAGGGCUUCCACCAGAAAUUCGACUCUGCUCACUGGAUUGCUAGGUCCAGGACACAAGCUGCCGCUGCCAUUUCUGGGUUUCGCUUUGGAGCCCAGUGUCUUCUAACAGGUUCAGCUGGUAUUUCUCUUCUUCUUCUUCUUCUUCUUCCAAUGCUAACAACACAGGUGAAGACACAUCUUCAGCAACCUGUUGCCUUGGAUCAUCCUUUUUCAUUUCUAGGACUUCAACAUUAUUAGGAGCUCCUCAAGAAACUGCGUCACUGCAUAAGGAAAGCUGCACACUAAACCAGCUUAGGAUUUAAGCUCGAUGGUUUAUCCAUUUGAUGUUCAGUUGAUAUUAAGGAAAGAUCAAAUUAUUUGGAAGGGAUAACAGAGUGUGCGUGAUUGCAAUUGUGAAAGCAGUAAAUGUCUCCCACCAGAGAGGAGAGGCAAUGGAGUUGCGGCAAGCCCAGAGUAGUAAAUUUGCAAAGAGUGACUACAAUGGUGCGCGAAAUUGGCGAGCCUUGUCUUUCUCAAUCACCCGUAAAGUCUAUCUCAGAUUUCAGUCCUGCUUGGCCAGCCAAAAAGUAAGCAGAAUGCUGAAGCGAGAGAAGUGGCAAGCAACUUUUGACAGUGAUGGAAAGGUAUCUGGCUUUCGUAAGGUGUUGAAGUCAAUUGUUCUGGGGGGUGUUGAUCCAUCCAUAAGGGCUGAAGUAUGGGAAUUUCUACUUGGCUGUUACGCGUUGGGAAGCACGGCUGAAUACCGAAAGCAGCUGAGGAUUGCUCGGAGGGAGCGAUAUGAAGAUUUGGUCAAACAGUGUCAGGCAAUGCAUGCAAGCAUUGGAACUGGUGCACUUGCAUAUGUUGUGGGGUCGAAAGUUAUGGAUAUGAGAACUUCGUCAAAGGUUGAUGUGGGAGUGGAAGCUAGAGCUGAAAAUAGAGACAGCACUGACAACUUGAAGUGUGCUAGUAAUUCUUGCAAUUGGAACAGUAAUGGCUUUGAUGCAUCACAUGCAUGUGAAAGAGAAAGCUCUAGUGAUUCUGCCGAGCUUGUUAGUGUGAGGGGAAGCAGCGAUAGUGCAGCAUAUGACUCUAGUUAUUUAAUAGCCGAUUCGGGUCCAUUUGAAAGCAGUUUAAUGGAGAGAGGUGAAGAAGAAAACGGAUCACACUAUGUAUCAGGGGGUUUCUUUGAUUUUCCUCCUUUACCCGUGACAAAUUUGUUUGACAAAAGAGACGAUGAUGUGAAGGAUAGUGCUAUGGCCAGUAACACGCCUUCUACAAGACGGGAACUGACAUUCGAGGAAGUGAAUAUGCAUAGUUUUCAAAUCAACAACAACGAUGAUUUGAUUGUAGAAUCCAAUGGCUCACCAUCUAGCAAUGGAGCUCGUAACAAAACCUCCGAAAUUGAAUUAGUUACGCAUGAUGACCAUAAGACAGCAGUAUGGUCCACUAAUGAGGGUUGUCAAGAGCUGGGAAUGAAUGGUUUGACAAUAUCAGGUAUUCCACCACUUGUAAAUUCUUCCAAUCGAGGGCCCACUGGUGAAGAUAGAAUAUCCGAAUGGCUUUGGACUCUGCAUAGAAUUGUUGUUGACGUGGUAAGAACAGACAUUCAUCUCGAGUUUUACGAGGACAAGAGAAAUUUGGCUAGAAUGUCUGAUAUACUUGCAGUUUAUGCAUGGAUUGAUCCUGCUACUGGUUAUUGUCAAGGUAUGAGUGAUUUGCUUUCUCCAUUUGUGGUACUAUUCGAGGAUGAUGCUGAUGCUUUUUGGUGCUUCGAGAUGCUUCUAAGAAGAAUGCGUGAGAACUUUCAGAUGGAUGGACCAACUGGAGUGAUGAAGCAGUUGCAGGCGUUGUGGCACAUAUUAGAGGUCUCAGACAGGGAAAUGUAUGGACACCUGUCACACAUAGGCGCUGAAAGCUUGCACUUUGCCUUCCGCAUGUUGAUGGUUCUUUUUCGGCGGGAGCUUUCCUUUAGUGAAACUCUUCGGAUGUGGGAGAUGAUGUGGGCUGCUGAUUUUGAUGAAUCCUUGGCCUUUAAUUUAGAGAAAAGCUGUCUGGAGGCGUUGGUGCUACAUCUACCUUGCAAAGCUGAAAAAGAAACAAGAGUGGAAAGCACAGCAAGUGGGAAUAACUGCCCAAAGGACAAAGCAGAAACAAAAGUUGGAUAUACAGAUCAGUCGACAACUGUGAACAAUGGAACAAAGUCCACAUUGACACAUCCGCUCUGCGGUUUGACAAUGAAUUUUUGGUCUAAAGGUGAACAUCCCAUGGAGAUUAGCGCACUUGUGUCAUCAACUAAAAAUGGAGAUGAUGAAUUACCCGUUUUCUGUGUUGCGGCAAUUCUUAUAAUGAACCGUCAGAAAAUCAUCAAAGAAACUCGCUCGAUCGAGGAUAUGAUAAAGCUUUUCAAUGAUAAUAUGCUAAAGAUCCGUGUCAAACGUUGCAUACGAACAGCUAUCAAGCUUCGAAAGAAAUAUUUCUUCAAGCUAAUCAAGAAAGCAGGUCCUACGGCUCAGAAUGGUGAGUAGGUUUACAAAGAUUUUCUGCAGAGUCUUAGGGGCGAAUGAAGGAGAUGGAGCAGAAACUCUUGGAACACCGAAGAUUUUUUUUGUGAGUGGCUACCUGUCUCUCUCUUCUCCGGAGGCCCAUCAGAAGAACAAGAGUGCGCAACUCCAGUAGCUGGGAUUUGGUUCAUCUGGUUAUCAGGUCAGGAAACUGAAGAUACAUCUGUUUUCAUUUGGUAGAUUUUUUUUGUUUACCUGCGCAAUACGGUUAGACACAGCAGAUUCUUUGUAUUGAGAACAACGUAUGCUUCAUCAUCUCUGUUAGUCUGUUUAUAGGGUUCCAAAAAGAGUUCGAAAGGUGUCGAAACUUGAAAGUAAAUAAAUAGUCAUACGGCCUACUGUUGAGUUCUCACCUCCUGCAACGGAAGAUAGAAUAGAAUAGAUGUCUACUCCAACAUACUCAAAUCUGUUUCUUUUUUCCUUUUUCUUCUUCCAUUAAUGAAUACAAGAUACUUGAUCUUGCUGUCUUAUUUGUAAUCUGUUACAUCACUCCGCCUACAUUCAUGAAAACAUUUGACAGAAGAAUCGAAACACAUUUAUAUUGCAAUACAACUUUGUUUAUCCAUCCAGCAUCUCGUGUUGUGUCGAAACUUUUAGCCUCUUUGGUUCGUGUACCGGCAGCUCCUACGAAUCUCCCCUGUUG